GCUAUGAAAUCCUGCAAUUUCACCCACACUACUUUCAUUCUUAUUGGCCUCCCAGGACUGGAAGCUGCCCAGUUCUGGUUAGCCUUCCCUCUUCUGACCAUGUAUGUUGUAGCAGUACUGGGCAACUGCAUGGUGGUGUUCAUUGUGAGAACAGAACAAAGCCUUCAUGCCCCCAUGUAUCACUUGCUUUGUAUGUUGGCAGCUGUUGACCUGGCCCUCUCCACUGUCAUCAUGCCCAAGAUGCUUGCUCUAUUCUGGUUCAAUUCUCAAGAGAUCACCUUUGAUGCGUGUCUUGCCCAGAUAUUCUUCAUCCCUACUUUUUCAGCCAUUGAGUCGACUGUCCUUUUGGCUAUGGCCUUUGACCAUUACAUGGCUAUCUGUCACCCACUUCGGCAUGGGGCUGUGCUCACCAAUACUGUUCUGGCUUGGAUAGGCACAGUAGCUGUGAUUCGGAGUUCCUUUUUUUUCUUACCAUUUCCACUACUCAUCAAGAGGCUUCAUUUCUGUGGUUCAAACAUCCUUACCCAUUCCUACUGCGUGCAUCAAGACGUGAUGAAGCUGGCCUAUGCUGACACCAUGCCUAAUGUGGUUUAUGGGUUAACUGCCAUCCUGCUCGUUAUGGGUGUUGAUGCUGUGCUCAUCUCACUCUCUUACUUCCUGAUAAUAUAUGCCAUACUACAGCUGCCAUCCCAGACAGAAAGGGCAAGGGCCUUUGGAACAUGUGUCUUACACAUUGGUGUGGUUCUGACAUUUUAUGUGCCACUAAUUGGUCUAUCUGUGGUGCACCGCUUUGGGAAUAGCCUCAAUCCCAUUGUACAUGUGCUCAUGGGUAAUGUCUACCUAUUGUUGCCCCCUGUCAUCAAUCCUCUCAUCUAUGCUGCCAAGACCAAGCAGAUCCGAUUCCGGGUACUGGCCAUGUUCAAGAUUACAUGUGAGAAGAAACCUCAGACUGUUAGAAGUAGUUGACAUCUACUAUGUUCAUAUCCUAUGCCGACACAAUGUCUUCCUCUAAACCACCUAAAAAUCAUAGCUCAUUUAAUGAAUUACCAUAUUCUUUAGUGGUUUCAUCAGAACCAUUAGAAUAGUACAGUAGAAAGGGCAUUAACUCUGACGUCACAAAACCCGAGA